CGGCGAAGCCGGCUAUAAAUGAGGGAAGGACUUAAACAUUGACAGAUGGCGUGAUGACAACGUUAACCAAACUAAAGCGUAUUUACACCCUGUAUCAUUGCAGUUCUGCCCAGGAUUCACCUUCACUUCCACAUUUAGACCAGAACCAAACGAGGCUCCGUGGCAGCUUCUGGUUCUGGGAUGAACUGUUUUCGGACAACUAAGAUUGCCCUGAAGUUUUGUUUUCUGUAGCUUCAGCAGUAGUUUCUCUAAAGGACAUCGCACAUGGACGCCCUGCAGAGGAAGGGGAUCCGGGAAGAUCUGGUCCAGUACAAACUCUUCCUGGUCCAGACAGACGGUUCGUCCUCCCAGCAGAUCGAGGAACGCCUCAAACAGCUGGCAGAGGAGAUUUUGGCAAAAGUUGCCCAACUUCUGGUCCAAUACAUCUGGCAGGAUCAGCCAUUCAACCUCAGAUACCUUCCUGAGAAAGGCGACGUUCCUGCUCACGUCGGAGGCAGCACUCACUUCGGAGACAACAUCGAGGACGAGUGGUUCAUUGUUUACCUGCUGCAGCAGGCCACAGAGUCAUUCCCAGAACUCGCAGCCAGGGUUGAGGACAGCGAUGGGGAUUUUCUUCUUAUCGAAGCAGCUGAUUACCUCCCCAAGUGGCUGAACCCAGAAACGAGUGAAAACAGGGUCUUCAUCCACAGGGGAGAGUUGCACAUCCUUCCUUGCCCGUCCAAAUCCAGUUCAGUGGGCUUCUCGCGCGACGUGGUCCCCAGUUUGGUGCAAGCUCUGGCGCUGCUCUCUGCCCACCCAGAAGCUUGCCAGGCGAGCCCCAAAAUCCGUUCAGUUUUAAAGAAAAGGCUACAGGGGUACCCAGAGAAGAUAAAAAGUAAUCUCCACCAGGCCCGCUGCUUCAUCCCUGCCGGCAUCGCCUCUGUCCUGGCACGCCGUCCAGACCUGGUCGCUCCCGCAGUCUCUGCCUUCUACCUGCGGGAUCCAGUGGACCUGCACGCCUGUCGUGGCUUCAGGACCUUUCCUCCUGACACAAGAGUCCUCACCUUGGUGACCUUCACCCGCUGCCUGUACGCCCAGCUGCAGCAGCAGCAGUUCACGGCAGAUCGGAGGAGCGGCUUCGACCUGCCUCCUCGCUCUCAUCCAGCGCACAAGGCUCAUGAGCUUGGCAUGAAGCUGGCCCACGGCUUUGAGAUCCUGUGCUCCAAGUGCAGACUGCCGUCCUCAGAGCCCGACGCUCCUGUCAGCUGCAACCCUCAGUGGAAAAGCUUCCUGGACAGCCUGAAAAAGAACGGCUACUUCCGCGGCCAGCUGGAAGGUUCAGCUUUCUACAAAGAACUGUUAAGGUCUGCAGAAAUCUUCUUCAAGCAGUCGGUUGCUCCCAAGUCAAGCUCCCUUUCUGCAGGAGAGGAGGUUCUCCAGCUGCUUCACAGCCAUCCAUUCAACCUGGAAGAGCUGAAGAAACUCGAGUCACAGCUCCCCCAGGAGGACAGUGACAGCUGGUUGGAUAUCACAGCUCAAGAUUUAGAGCAGCUGCUGCAGGAGAGAAGCGGCAGGAUCGCUGACGUCGGCAGCGAAAGCUUCAGUUCUGCCAAACAGAAACCGCGCGCCGAGGACGCCGCAGAGGACGGGAAGGAGGCUGCGGAGGGUACGAAGACGGAAGAAGCAAGUUACAGUCUCGUAGCUGUCAGUCAAGGGAUGAAGGACUUCCUCAACGCUAUGUCAUCUCAUGAGGGGGCUGAGCCACCCUGGGGCUGUCCAACUCAGCCUUUUAAUUUUGACCCAGACUCGAUGGCCAAUGCACUAGAUAGGUUAUUAGGAAACAAAGAAGAAGAGCUGGAUUCAGAUGAUCUUGAUGACGAUGAUGAUGAUGAUGAGGAGGAGGAGGGGGUAGACGAGACAGAGGAAGGCUCGUCGGUUCAUGUGGACAUGACGGGGACGGAAACUCUCGACAGCCUCAAGAGAUACAUGGACCAAAUGGAUCAGGAGCUGAAAAGCACUAAUGUAGGGCAAAGCUUCAGUCAAACGAAUUACAAGGCUGGCAUGGACAACGGCUCCUCUCAUUCCCCGCCUGGAGACGGGCUCGCGGCAGAGGACGGAGGAGCUGAGGAGACUGAGGAGGAGAUCCAGCCUUUAGACAUUGAUGUCAACUUGGUUGCAAAUCUCUUGGAGUCUCUGAGCAGCCAGGCUGGACUCGCCGGUCCCGCUUCUAACCUGCUGCAGAGCUUAGGCAUACAACUGCCGCCCAACUCGGAUCCUUCAUGAAAUUAGGAAUCAGGAAUUGGUUGACAUAGAGGUGGUGAAUGAACAGGAGACACUCUGGUGUCUUUAAGUUAGUGUUUUGUUUUUUUCUUUUUCUAAAACCUUGAAUACUCCUGAUUAUUACACAGAGGAAAUGUUUUGUAAAAUGGUGCAAAGAACAAAAUAAUUUAAGUCUGUUUUCCAUUUCAGUGCUGCCCUCAACCAUAAAUCCAGAUGUUUAUUUUUCCAUAAUGAAACAUACAUUGUGCAGAUUGUGUUUUUACCUGUCAUUUCUUGUAACAGAAAACCUCUUAUUUAAGGAUUAGCAAAUGUUGGAGAAACAGUAGAAGAUGCAACACUUUGUCCAUCGGCUCCAAGUUUGUAUGAAAUCACUGAAAACUAAAAGGAACCCGAUGUAUCACUGACUUUUAAUACAUUCUCCUUUGUGUACUAUUGUGAUUGAGUUUGUGUCUUUGUCUUUUUUAGCAUGUAAAUGUAUUACGCAAAAUAAAUAUCUUUUUUUU